AUGGAGCUCGCAUGUUACCAUUCCCUUCGUCUCGUCGACCUUCCUCCCGCUCGUCCCCUCGCAUCCCCGUCUUCCUCUCUCCCCGUCGCCCUCGCCAUCCCUCUCGUUUCCCUUCUGUUCGCGCACACUUGUCACCCUUCCCUGCUUCCCCCCAUCCCCUUCCCUGCUUCCCCCCAUCCCGCUCCCUGCUUCCGCCCAUCCCAUUCCCUGCUCCCCCCCAUCCCCUUCCCUGCUUCCCCCCAUCCCCUUCCCUGCUUCCCCCCAUCCCCUUCCCUGCUUCCCCCCAUCCCCUUCCCUGCUUCCCCCCAUCCCCUUCCCUGCUUCCCCCCAUCCCCUUCCCUGCUUCCCCCCAUCCCCUUCCCUGCUUCCCCCCAUCCCCUUCCCUGCUUCCCCCCAUCCCCUUCCCUGCUUCCCCCCAUCCCCUUCCCUGCUUCCCCCCAUCCCCUUCCCUGCUUCCCCCCAUCCCCUUCCCUGCUUCCCCCCAUCCCCUUCCCUGCUUCCCCCCAUCCCCUUCCCUGCUUCCCCCCAUCCCCUUCCCUGCUUCCCCCCAUCCCCUUCCCUGCUUCCCCCCAUCCCGCUCCCUGCUUCCGCCCAUCCCAUUCCCUGCUCCCCCCAUCCCCUUCCCUGCUUCCCCCCAUCCCCUUCCCUGCUUCCCCCCAUCCCCUUCCCUGCUUCCCCCCAUCCCCUUCCCUGCUUCCCCCCAUCCCCUUCCCUGCUUCCCCCCAUCCCCUUCCCUGCUUCCCCCCAUCCCCUUCCCUGCUUCCCCCCAUCCCCUUCCCUGCUUCCCCCCAUCCCCUUCCCUGCUUCCCCCCAUCCCCUUCCCUGCUUCCCCCCAUCCCCUUCCCUGCUUCCCCCCAUCCCCUUCCCUGCUUCCCCCCAUCCCCUUCCCUGCUUCCCCCCAUCCCCUUCCCUGCUUCCCCCCAUCCCCUUCCCUGCUUCCCCCCAUCCCCUUCCCUGCUUCCCCCCAUCCCAUUCUCUGCUUCCGCCCAUCCCAUUCCCUGCUCCCCCCCAUCCCCUUCCCUGCUUCCCCCCAUCCCCUUCCCUGCUUCCCCCCAUCCCAUUCUCUGCUUCCGCCCAUCCCAUUCCCUGCUCCCCCCCAUCCCCUUCCCUGCUUCCCCCCAUCCCCUUCCCUGCUUCCCCCCAUCCCCUUCCCUGCUUCCCCCCAUCCCCUUCCCUGCUUCCCCCCAUCCCCUUCCCUGCUUCCCCCCAUCCCCUUCCCUGCUUCCCCCCAUCCCCUUCCCUGCUUCCCCCCAUCCCGCUCCCUGCUUCCGCCCAUCCCAUUCCCUGCUCCCCCCCAUCCCCUUCCCUGCUUCCCCCCAUCCCCUUCCCUGCUUCCCCCCAUCCCCUUCCCUGCUUCCCCCCAUCCCCUUCCCUGCUUCCCCCCAUCCCCUUCCCUGCUUCCCCCCAUCCCCUUCCCUGCUUCCCCCCAUCCCCUUCCCUGCUUCCCCCCAUCCCCUUCCCUGCUUCCCCCCAUCCCCUUCCCUGCUUCCCCCCAUCCCCUUCCCUGCUUCCCCCCAUCCCCUUCCCUGCUUCCCCCCAUCCCCUUCCCUGCUUCCCCCCAUCCCCUUCCCUGCUUCCCCCCAUCCCCUUCCCUGCUUCCCCCCAUCCCCUUCCCUGCUUCCCCCCAUCCCCUUCCCUGCUUCCCCCCAUCCCCUUCCCUGCUUCCCCCCAUCCCCUUCCCUGCUUCCCCCCAUCCCGCUCCCUGCUUCCGCCCAUCCCAUUCCCUGCUCCCCCCCAUCCCCUUCCCUGCUUCCCCCCAUCCCCUUCCCUGCUUCCCCCCAUCCCCUUCCCUGCUUCCCCCCAUCCCCUUCCCUGCUUCCCCCCAUCCCCUUCCCUGCUUCCCCCCAUCCCCUUCCCUGCUUCCCCCCAUCCCCUUCCCUGCUUCCCCCCAUCCCCUUCCCUGCUUCCCCCCAUCCCCUUCCCUGCUUCCCCCCAUCCCCUUCCCUGCUUCCCCCCAUCCCCUUCCCUGCUUCCCCCCAUCCCCUUCCCUGCUUCCCCCCAUCCCAUCCCCUGCUUCCGCCCAUCCCAUCCCCUGCUUCCCCCCAUCCCCUUCCCUGCUUCCCCCCAUCCCCUUCCCUGCUUCCCCCCAUCCCCUUCCCUGCUUCCCCCCAUCCCCUUCCCUGCUUCCCCCCAUCCCCUUCCCUGCUUCCCCCCAUCCCCUUCCCUGCUUCCCCCCAUCCCCUUCCCUGCUUCCCCCCAUCCCCUUCCCUGCUUCCCCCCAUCCCCUUCCCUGCUUCCCCCCAUCCCCUUCCCUGCUUCCCCCCAUCCCCUUCCCUGCUUCCCCCCAUCCCCUUCCCUGCUUCCCCCCAUCCCGCUCCCUGCUUCCGCCCAUCCCAUUCCCUGCUCCCCCCCAUCCCCUUCCCUGCUUCCCCCCAUCCCCUUCCCUGCUUCCCUUCCCCUAUCCCCUUCCCUGCUUCCCCCCAUCCCCUUCCCUGCUUCCCCCCAUCCCCUUCCCUGCUUCCCCCCAUCCCCUUCCCUGCUUCCCCCCAUCCCCUUCCCUGCUUCCCCCCAUCCCCUUCCCUGCUUCCCCCCAUCCCCUUCCCUGCUUCCCCCCAUCCCCUUCCCUGCUUCCCCCCAUCCCCUUCCCUGCUUCCCCCCAUCCCCUUCCCUGCUUCCCCCCAUCCCCUUCCCUGCUUCCCCCCAUCCCCUUCCCUGCUUCCCCCCAUCCCCUUCCCUGCUUCCCCCCAUCCCCUUCCCUGCUUCCCCCCAUCCCCUUCCCUGCUUCCCCCCAUCCCCUUCCCUGCUUCCCCCCAUCCCCUUCCCUGCUUCCCCCCAUCCCGCUCCCUGCUUCCGCCCAUCCCAUUCCCUGCUCCCCCCCAUCCCCUUCCCUGCUUCCCCCCAUCCCCUUCCCUGCUUCCCCCCAUCCCCUUCCCUGCUUCCCCCCAUCCCCUUCCCUGCUUCCCCCCAUCCCCUUCCCUGCUUCCCCCCAUCCCCUUCCCUGCUUCCCCCCAUCCCCUUCCCUGCUUCCCCCCAUCCCCUUCCCUGCUUCCCCCCAUCCCCUUCCCUGCUUCCCCCCAUCCCCUUCCCUGCUUCCCCCCAUCCCCUUCCCUGCUUCCCCCCAUCCCCUUCCCUGCUUCCCCCCAUCCCAUCCCCUGCUUCCGCCCAUCCCAUCCCCUGCUUCCCCCCAUCCCCUUCCCUGCUUCCCCCCAUCCCCUUCCCUGCUUCCCCCCAUCCCCUUCCCUGCUUCCCCCCAUCCCCUUCCCUGCUUCCCCCCAUCCCCUUCCCUGCUUCCCCCCAUCCCCUUCCCUGCUUCCCCCCAUCCCCUUCCCUGCUUCCCCCCAUCCCCUUCCCUGCUUCCCCCCAUCCCCUUCCCUGCUUCCCCCCAUCCCCUUCCCUGCUUCCCCCCAUCCCCUUCCCUGCUUCCCCCCAUCCCGCUCCCUGCUUCCGCCCAUCCCAUUCCCUGCUCCCCCCCAUCCCCUUCCCUGCUUCCCCCCAUCCCCUUCCCUGCUUCCCCCCAUCCCCUUCCCUGCUUCCCCCCAUCCCCUUCCCUGCUUCCCCCCAUCCCCUUCCCUGCUUCCCCCCAUCCCCUUCCCUGCUUCCCCCCAUCCCCUUCCCUGCUUCCCCCCAUCCCCUUCCCUGCUUCCCCCCAUCCCCUUCCCUGCUUCCCCCCAUCCCCUUCCCUGCUUCCCCCCAUCCCCUUCCCUGCUUCCCCCCAUCCCCUUCCCUGCUUCCCCCCAUCCCAUCCCCUGCUUCCGCCCAUCCCAUCCCCUGCUUCCCCCCAUCCCCUUCCCUGCUUCCCCCCAUCCCCUUCCCUGCUUCCCCCCAUCCCCUUCCCUGCUUCCCCCCAUCCCCUUCCCUGCUUCCCCCCAUCCCCUUCCCUGCUUCCCCCCAUCCCCUUCCCUGCUUCCCCCCAUCCCCUUCCCUGCUUCCCCCCAUCCCCUUCCCUGCUUCCCCCCAUCCCCUUCCCUGCUUCCCCCCAUCCCCUUCCCUGCUUCCCCCCAUCCCCUUCCCUGCUUCCCCCCAUCCCCUUCCCUGCUUCCCCCCAUCCCCUUCCCUGCUUCCCCCCAUCCCGCUCCCUGCUUCCGCCCAUCCCAUUCCCUGCUCCCCCCCAUCCCCUUCCCUGCUUCCCCCAUUCCCUUCCCUGCUUCCCCCUAUCCCCUUCCCUGCUUCCCCCCAUCCCCUUCCCUGCUUCCCCCCAUCCCCUUCCCUGCUUCCCCCCAUCCCCUUCCCUGCUUCCCCCCAUCCCCUUCCCUGCUUCCCCCCAUCCCCUUCCCUGCUUCCCCCCAUCCCCUUCCCUGCUUCCCCCCAUCCCCUUCCCUGCUUCCCCCCAUCCCCUUCCCUGCUUCCCCCCAUCCCCUUCCCUGCUUCCCCCCAUCCCCUUCCCUGCUUCCCCCCAUCCCCUUCCCUGCUUCCCCCCAUCCCCUUCCCUGCUUCCCCCCAUCCCCUUCCCUGCUUCCCCCCAUCCCCUUCCCUGCUUCCCCCCAUCCCCUUCCCUGCUUCCCCCCAUCCCCUUCCCUGCUUCCCCCCAUCCCCUUCCCUGCUUCCCCCCAUCCCCUUCCCUGCUUCCCCCCAUCCCCUUCCCUGCUUCCCCCCAUCCCCUUCCCUGCUUCCCCCCAUCCCCUUCCUUGCUCCUCUUCUUCUGCGCGGCAGACCAUCAAAGCACCACAUCCAGCAGAUCUUUGA